UGGGUGAAAUAAGUGUAGCUACAUUAAUUAAUUAUAUUCAUCGAUGGAAACACCAGAAAAUACAUAGAACCUUCACCUUACAACAUUACAUUACACAGGUACAGCUGAUCUCCAUAAAUACCACCUCAUUCCCAUCAUCACUCACAUUACUUCUUACCUCCAUUUCCAUUCUCCAAUUUUUCUAUACACACAAAAAAUAAAUAAAAAAUAAAAAAAUAAAAAUAAAAUGAAGAUUCUCUUCCUGGCUUGCCUUCUCCUUUUCGCCCUUCUUUUGAGCAACACUUCCAUCGAGGCCACAGCCGAUCAGUCCUAUGAUUCAGUUAACUACUGCGCGAGCAGUUGUGAUUUGAGGUGCGCGAGGGCAGGUGUGAAAGACAGGUGCCUUAAAUACUGCGGGAUCUGCUGCGACAAAUGCAAGUGCGUGCCAUCUGGAACUUACGGCAACAAGCACCAGUGCCCCUGCUACAGAGAUAUGCGCAGCUCCAAGGGCAAACCCAAAUGCCCUUGAGAAAAAUUCGUAUUUUUUUUGCUUUGGGGCUUUUCAUCGAACACUUUGUGGGCGUGUUAUAGUUUGUGUUGUUUAUCAAUAGUGGGCUGUUUGCCUGUUUCUGUAAUCAAAUAAAAUUUUAUUUGUAAGCAUAAUAAUGUCUAACGAAGGUUUAUUGCAUUCGGUAUCAUUAA